AUGAAGCCCGUCGUCAGUGCCAUGCACGCCUGGUCGUGCACCGUCAUCUCUGUUUUUGCCAUCCUCAUCCUCAGCGUUCUCGCCGGGCUAUACCGCACUGGGCACGAGGAAUUUGUUGGAGGCGUUGGCGACCCCAGCCCCGUGGAAGGCAAGGCUGUAGCUGGAACCAUCUUUACAGCCGUCAUUGUCUACGCAGCUUUCCUUGUGUUUUGUGGUUUCCAGGGAUUACUGCACGUCCGUGAGAACCGAAGAGGCGCAAUUGCCCUAUAG